CUUCCCGAGUGAGCGUACAAGUCUAGCCAAUUUGCUCCCUUUCAAUCAUACAAGCGACCAAUUAGGGUCGGUCUCGGGUACGUCACAACGACGAGUGCGUCUAUCCUCCCCCGGUGGAACAUGGAAAAGUACCUCAACAAAACCAUCUGUUCUUGAUAAUAAUUCUUCUUCACUCUCUGCACGCGUCGUGUAUCAGCAUUCCGGGAUUGUGAUGCCUGUGCAUCUAGACGAAAGCUCUCGUCACAUGGAUAAAAAUCUCUACAUAAAACCUGGCACAUGAUGGCCAAGGAAUGGCAGUUUUUAAACUUUACCAGCAUCGAGGACUCCACCGACCACCGAACUCGUACAUUCAUCCGGAGCCACGUCACCAAACGACAACAUCAACUGGCGAAGAGGAAAGUCGUUCAACCUCCGAAUCACAAUCUACCGCAGGGUCAGAAUACCUUUGCAGUGCAGUUUAAGGUUGAGCCGGAAGAAGAGCCUGAUGCGGGAUGGGCUUCGAGAGCGACUACCGAACUCCUGGUCCCGGCGUCAUCGAAUUCACGUAACCAAACACGAAGACUCGCCGGCAAGGGAAAGAAGCUCAAACCUGGAAAUCGACCAGCUGCGAAAAAUGUUGCGCCCGAGAAACGUCUGGCUCGUAUGUCUACCGCUCAGUGCGAUUCAAUGGACGAUUUGUCCUUCGGACCGCUGAUUAUGUGCACCAGGGAUAUUGCCCGAUCCAUCAAAUGGGCGAGCAGAACCCUUCAACUGCUAUCCCGUACCAUAUCAGGCCGACUAUGACCGGAUCUUACAUCACAGUAAGUCCAAAUUCAUGUUCGCCAUACCAAAGCCGACGCUGAUACGACAUCCUCAACAGUGAUGACAGUCUUCGCCCCUCGCGCAUGGCCCGCCCUGAAAAUCAACAAUGAACAGGGUCU